AUGGGAGAGAAUUUAGAUAGAGUCAAUAUCAUUGCACUCUGUCGAGCAGAUCUUCAGCCUUAUCAAUGUCGUGAGUAUGUCGCCGAUGCAACCAUCGAAGUUUUAAACAGAUGUCCGUAUCAGAAACAAGCAGUUUUCUGGCACGAAUUUUGCAUGGUGCGAUAUUCCAAUGACACUAUAUUAGGGACUGUUGCAAUAUUACCAUACCGGGCGGCUAUUAGUACAAAUACUGUACAGGAUUCAGGAACGUUUUACAGGGAGCUGAACAUAUUGUUGGAUAGUCUUCGUAACCAGACUGUUUUUAAUAGCUCAACACAGAAAUUUGCUGCUGCUGCUAGUCGGCCUGACCCAAACUUUGAAAGAAUUUAUGCAUUUGAGCAGUGCACACCUGAUAUAACACCAGAAGAUUGUGCUGCUUGUUUAUAUCAAUCUGCACAAAUUAUUCCACAGUGUUGUGGUGGAAAAAGAGGAGCUAGAAUACUUAGGCCUAGUUGCUAUCUUCGUUUCGAAACUAAUCCCUUCUAUAAUGAUACUAUGGUUAGAACGCUCCAGCUGGAACCAACACAACCAAUACUAGAGCCACCGGCAACAGGAAAGGAAGAUAAUGACAAUACUACUCGAACUGUCAUUAUUGUCGUCAUUCCAACUGUUGCAUGUCUAAUUCUUGCUCUUUGCAUUGGCAUCUUCCUAAGAAUGAGACGAAAGCAUAAGCCAAGCGGAGAACUUGAAACUGACAAUGAGAUUAGCACUGAACUUAGGGACGUUAUACUGAAACCUACAAUAAGAACCGCAACAGAUGAUUUCUCUGAUGCUAAUAAGUUGGGGCAAGGUGGAUUUGGUGUUGUUUACAAGGGAAAACUUCCGAAUGGAAAUGAAAUAGCAGUGAAAAGGAUUGUGGGAACCUAUGGAUAUAUGGCACCAGAGUACAUAUUCAAUGGACAAUUCUCAAUUAAAUCCGACGUCUUUAGCUUUGGUGUGCUAGUUCUAGAAAUCGUAACUGGUCAGAGAAUCAAUACUUAUCAAAAUGGGGAUGGUGAAGAGAACCUCUUUAAUCUUGCUUGGAGAAAUUGGAACCAUGGAACAAUUGAAAAUAUGAUGGAUCCUGCAUUGAGAGCUUCAGGUUCCUUGCUUGACAUUGUGAGAUGCAUUCAUAUCGGUUUGCUAUGUGUUCAAGAAAAUGCAGCUCAUAGACCAACAAUGGGAUCAAUAGUUCUCAUGUUCACUAGCUUCUCUAUUACUUUGCCAGCACCUUCAAAACCUGCAUUUUUUGGGUCUAGUUUCACGAAUCCUGAAAUUUUAAAUAGCCAAGAGUGCAAUUCAAGAGCAUCAUUGCAUAUCAGCCAACCCACAGAAGGUAAACCAGGUUAUUCUGCUCCAUCAAUAAACGAUGUCUCAAUCACUGAAUUAUAUCCACGGUGA